UUUGUGCAGAAUCGGAUGUCCAAACAGCAGAUUGGGACUAGCCGUAGAGUUGGAGACCUCUAUGUGGUGGAGAGCUUGCAUCUGCCUAUGACAACCUCCCCAAUUGCUUUUUUCUCUUUUCAAAAAGUAAUGCUUCGAGUAGAUGCAAAGCAGGGAGCUCCAAAGGAUGGAAACUGUCCUAUUGAAAACUUCCAGGUAGAGAUCUACCCCCUAAAGAUACAUUUGACAGAGUCACUGUACCAUGUGGUAUGGGGGUAUUUCUUCCCAGAAGAAGAACAAGACUCCCAACGACGCCAGGAAGUUUGGAAGGUUUCAACCACUGCUGGUUCAAAACGUGUAAAGAAAGGCUCAUCUAUGCAUGAAGCUUCUGGAUCAAGCAGUCACCCAACAAAAGAAUUUGAGGUUUUCUCCAAAUCAAGCACCUCUGCUGUACCCUUAACUUCUGGUACCAGUCAGUCUUCUGCUGAUUCCUCUCAAGGGUCAAAGUUGCAGAGCUUAAAGGCUAAUGUUGUUUGCAGUUCAAGCCCCAAGCUAAGACGAUCAUCUUCUUUUGAUAAAACAUGGGAAGAAAAUGUAGCCGAAUCUGUGGCUAAUGAACUUGUAUUAUCAAGCAUUUCUCCAUCAAGAAGUGGAUCCCUCGGUAUUGAACAACAAGAUGAAUCCACUAAAAAUAAGUCGAAAGACACCAAAUCUAUAAAAUCCAAUCGUUCCUCUAAUGAGGAAAAGAAGGUAGGAAAGACACAGGAUGAGAAAAGAUCUAAUCCUCGAAGAAUGAGGGAGUUCCACAAUAUCAAGAUAAGCCAGGUUGAACUGCUAGUUACUUAUGAAGGACCACCAUUGCCUGUCACUGAGCUAAGGUUGCUGAUGGAUACAUUUCACCGUGUUGACUUCACUGGAACCUGGAGGCGGCUGUUUUCACGAGUUAAGAAGCAUGUUAUUUGGGGAGUCUUAAAGUCUGUCACAGGAAUGCAGGGUAAGAAGUUUAAAGAUAAAGCACAUAGUCAGAGGGAAUCCAGGGGAGCUAGUGUUCCAGACAGCGAUCCUAAUUUGAGCGACAGUGAUGGAGGAAAUUCAGCUGGGAAGUCUGGUCACCCAAUGUCAUGGGCCAAGCGCCCUGGCGAUGGAGCAGGGGAUGGAUUUGUCACAUCUGUAAGGGGCCUUUUUAGUUCUCAGCGCCGCAAGGCCAAGGCCUUUGUGCUUCGGACAAUGAGGGGUGAAACGGAGAAUGAGUUAAAUGGUGACUGGAGUGAAGGUGAUGUAGAGUUCUCUCCCUUUGCAAGGCAACUAACUAUAACCAAAGCUAAGAAGCUUAUUAGACGGCACACCAAAAAGUUUCGAGGGCAGAAAGGUGCAUCUCCCCAGCAGAGAGAAGAACUUCCAUCAUCACCAAUGGAGAGCAUGCCAUAUCAGAGUGAUUCUUCUAGUGAAUCUUCACCUGACGAGGAUAGCCAUUAAACUGGCAGUAUUCUCCAUAUUAGAUAAGUGCGAGGCACAGGGUUUUUUAUAUUUUUCUAUCAAGCCCCCCAAUCAAGCAACGAUAGAAAGCGGGGCAAUUUUAAUUGAUUCGACUUGGUUACUACCUUGGAUGAAAUACUUGAAAGAUUCAAGAUGUUUCCAAGUUUAUAUUCAAAUAAAUGCAGUUGAAGGAAUGCUUGCAUUGUUAAGGUGAAAUACUCCUUGUGAUGGCCUACUGUGAAAGAGUUGUAUCUAUUGUGCAAGGAAGAAGAUUUGAUCCUUCUCAAUGGCUAUUUAUUUUUUUGUAUGCGUUAUAUAUAUAUAUAUAUAUCCUUUGGCUAGAAUGAACAUAUGGAGCUCCUCAAGAGUUCCUAGCACAAUUUUGUAUGGACAGCUCAGCUGCAUAUGUUGAUAAUAGAAUAAAUGAAAGUUUCGUGCCUCUGA